AGGGGUGGGGCUCCUAGGGCGGGCGAUUCCACCAUUUUGAACCGGCGAAAGGAAUCAGUUCAAAUGGGAAUUUGCCAUAGUGAACUUCCAAAAGCAAAUAAGUAAUUCCAAACUAAACACACAUUUCAAAACUUUGGUCAUGUUGGGCCUCCUUCUCAGCAUCUUCCUUAUGGUCUCCGCCGCCGCCGCCGCCACCCAAGCAGAUCCAUCCGUUAACGGCGGCGGCCACCCAACCACCGUCUUCCUUCUCGCCGGGCAGAGCAACAUGGCCGGCCGCGGAGGCGUCGUCCACGGCGCCUGGGACGGCCACGUCCCCCCUGAAUGCCAGCCCAGCCCAUUGAUUCUCAGGCUCAACACGGCCAAUAUCUGGGAGCCGGCCAGAGAACCGCUCCACUCCGGCAUAGACCUGAACCGGACGGUCGGAAUCGGGCCCGGAAUGUCAUUCGCCCACACAGUACUGAGGAAGGACCCGAGCGUCAGGGUGAUUGGGUUGGUCCCCUGCGCCGUCGGUGGGACGGACAUAAGGAAGUGGGCCCGCGGAGGAUUCCUCUACUCCCGGUUGAUUCAUAGAAGCGCGGCGGCGGCGCGUGGGGGAGCGAGGAUUCGGGGUCUUCUUUGGUAUCAAGGGGAGAGUGACACAGUGAAUCUUGAGGAUGCCAGAGAGUACAGAGAUAGACUGAGGAAGUUCUUCAUUGACGUCCGCAGUGAUCUUCAGUUGCCAGCUCUUCCCAUCAUUCAGGUGGCUUUGGCUACAAAGCAAGGACCCUUUAUAGAGAUAGUAAGAAAGGCACAGCUGGGAGUGGAUCUUCCUCAUGUGAAAACCGUGGACGCCGAAGGGCUAGAGGUUGGGUACGACCACCUCCACCUCACCGCCGCCGCCGAGGUGGAGCUCGGAAAGAUGCUGGCUGAUGCUUUCCUCCGCCCCGCCUCCGCCUCCAAACUAGCAGCGGCACCGCCCGCCCGCCACCGCUCCCCCUCUUCCCUCUCCCCUCUUCUCUUCUCUUCAAGCCUCUUAUCUCUGUCAUCAUCAUUAGUAGUAUCCAUUUUCCUAAUUUGAGAAAGGAAUUUAAUUCGCUUUUAUUGUGUGUAUCUCCCAUUUUUUCUAGUUCACUUCACCAGGGGAAUGAAUCAGAUCAUUGUUAGCAUCCAACAUUCCAUUUUCAUGUUCAAUGAAUGUAGCAGAUCCCC